UCCAUCAACUUAGAAGCCCCACAACAGAUUCACUGGCAUUUUAAAUUGUUACUUUUUGAGCGGGAUCCCAAUGGAAGUUUUUUUUGUCUCGCGCCUCGUUGGGUUUGAUCUCAUUGCUAUUUGCAAAUGUACUUGAGGCAUUUUAAAAAAUUACAAACGUAAAAACGAUGAAGAAAGAAACUGCAUCAAUUGAGGCAGCACGGCAGACUCGAAUGUUGCAAUUUUAGGUCUAAGUGCCACAACGGGAAUAAACAUUAUUUUCAGUUGAGCAAGGGUCGUUGCUGUUCUUUACGUUGGGAACAGCUGAGAGGGGUGGAGUUUCGCUAGGAUCUUUUAAAAAAAAGCUGCGACUCGGAUGAAUCCAGCCCGCCCAUUUGAUUCGAGUGUCUUUCGCUACCUGGCGCUGUUGUCAUGUUGCAUGCGGGCACAAAAAAAGAAAGCGACUGCGUAACAUGUCCGACUGUCGACAUCAAGCGCAGUUUUUUUUCAGCAAGCAAACUUUUCGCAACUCCGAAGGAUUCGGGGCUGAACUGCAGACCAACUUUAAGACGGUGUUGGAUUACAAAAAGUUGCUUUUUAAAAAAUUAGAGCGAGGGGACGGAGCACUGACGUUUAUUUCAAACACCUGGUCGUGGCGUUUUCACUUUGUUCUUCUCCGCCCGGUUGUGUGAGAAGCAAGAAAAUAACCGGGAGAGAAAAAGAACUGGAGAUAUUUUUGUUCUCAGACAUCUUGAAACACGAUGAAAGGGGGAUCCGCGGCUCUCGUUGUUUACGUUGCGAUUUUCUGUCCUAUCAGUAUCUAUGUUCUGGGCUUGGAUAGGGAAUCGGUUCCCAGGAAGACCAUCUCUCACAGUGAGCUUCAGCAGCUGACAUCAAUGCGAAGCUUUUUCAAGAGCAAUAACAUAACUUUUAGCAGCUUUUUGGUUGAUGAACCACGUAACCGCUUUUAUGUGGGAGCAAGUAACACGAUCUAUGUCCUCAACUUGACUGCUGUGGACCAGGAACUACUUACGAUCGAAUGGAAGGUCACAGAGGAGGAACAUCAGAACUGUUUACGAAAAGGCAAAAAGGCUAAAUGUAACAAUUAUAUUCGAAUCCUGGAAAUCUGGAAUGAGACGCAUCUCUUUGCCUGUGGGACCUACGCCUUUGACCCUCAUUAUGCGUUUAUCAAAGUCUUUGGUUCAGUCAAUGCAACAGAGAGCAGAAUUUCAGGAAUGCAGAAGGGCCGAGGAAGGUGUCCGUUCGAGCCGAUGCAUCCUUUUGCAGCAAUUUUGGCAGACAAAGUGCUGUAUGCAGCGACCGCAGUUGACUUUCAGGGCAAGGAUAUAGCUGUGGUCAAGAGUAGAGGGCACUUGGACAGGAUUCGCACGGAAGAAUCUAUCAAUUGGCUGAGUGAUCCACAGUUUGUGGGAUCAACAUUUGUCAGAGAAAAUGAAGGAAGUGGUGACGAUGACAAACUCUACUUUUUCUUCAAUGAGGCAGCUCGAGAGUUUGAUUACUUUAAGACCCUGCGAGUUCCGAGGGUGGCCCGUGUUUGCAAGAAUGAUAUUGGUGGCCUAAAGACACUUCAGAAGAAAUGGACUUCUUUCCUUAAAGCCCGUUUGGUGUGCUCUGAUGAGGAAAAUGAGAUGUAUUUUAAUACAAUUCAUGAUGUAUUUACGCUGCAGCAGGACCCAGGUGAUGCAGAGUCCACUGUUUUCUACGGAGUCUUUUCCACAAAAUGGGGCAACCAAGUUAUUUCUGCAGUGUGUACCUACAGCAUUAAGGAAGUGAAUCAUACUUUCCAUGGGUCAUACAUGGAAUAUAAAGGCGAAGCAAGGAAAUGGGUUGUAUACGAGGGUGAAGUUCCGGAUCCCCGACCUGGCAUGUGCAUCACUGAUGAGCUGAAAACGAAAGGCUAUAAUACAACGUUAGAUCUUCCAGACAACGUGCUAAUGUUUAUUCGAGAUCAUCUGCUAUUGGCAGGAACUAUAACUCCAAUUGAUAAGAAGCCACUCCUAAUCAUGAAAGACACGCGGUAUUCCAAGAUUACUGUCCAGAGAGAAAAUUCCCAAGAUGGUUCGCAUUAUGAAAUUUUGUACUUGGGAACAGAAACCGGACAUUUGCAUAAAGUGAUCAAGACUGGCUCCAAAGUUCUUGUGGUGGAGGAUUAUGUCAUCUUUGAACCAGAGGAGAAAGUAGUCAGCAUUAAGUUACAGCAGGGGUUUCUCUACAUUGGAUCAUAUAACAGGCUGGUUCAACUUCCAGCAGUGAACUGCAGCCGAUAUUCCCGCUGUGCUGGCUGUCUCCUGGCAAGGGAUCCAUCAUGUACCUGGGAUGCCCAGAAAUCGGAAUGUAUUCACAAUCAAAGCAUAAGCACCCAGAGCAGUUCUGUAAGUGCGGAGGAUGUCCAUCAGAAAGUUGACACCUUAUGCAACAAUGAAAAAGAACAUUCUGACCUCUUGGCAAAGGUAGUAUCAGUGGUGGAGGGACUUAACGUGUUUCUUCAGUGCAUUCCCAGUUCUGCCUGGUCAACCUGCCAAUGGACAACACCAAACGGAACCUUGGUCAACAAUGACAACGUUGGAGGGAUUCAUAUCGUGGUCACACAGAGCACUCUGGGUGAAUAUAAAUGUUCGUGUAUUGAGGAAAAAGUACACAUUCUGGAAGCUUACUACAGUUUGGAAACUAGAUCUUCAAUUAGUCCCAGCAAGGUUACGAAUUCCAUUAACUAUUUCCUGAUGUUUGUCUUCCUUGUUCUUGGCAUUACUAUUGGUGUCCUUAUCUACAAGUAUGGUCAUUCAUGGUGUAUGAAAAUACUAGCAUCUAAGGGUGGCUGUGACAGAGACUACAAAGAUGCACUGCAGGGCACCGCGGUUCACAGCUUGGACUCGACUGAUGAAGUCCGGCCCUUAACCAUUACCCAGCAGAGUGAAUCAGGUGGAAGUGGAAUCCGUGAGAAAGAGGCCAUUCAUGAAAGCAUGGAGAAGGAGGUGAACGGAAUGAACUUGGGCCCUCCAAGAAACCAGACCAUUUCGAUCAUAUCCUCCCAGGAUGAAACCUCGAUUUAAUCAAGGUCAGACUCGAGCCCAUGAAAAAUGUGCCCUGAAAGAAUAGCCAGGCAUUUGCUUUGCCGCUAUCUUCCUUAUUGCAUUUGUGGUGUUGCUUUUAACACUGUCCACUCGUCUUCCUUCCAAGAGAGAACAUGACCAUUGUCCCAGCCUAACCCCUACUCAGCAACGUUGUUGUCACAUCUGCGUCCCUGCCUCCUUGGAUAGAGUGGGUGGGGUUUGCAACACCUUCUUAUUUACAGUUGCACUGUUUGACACGUUAUGUGGUUACCUUGUGACCUUUGAUUUUCUAUAGACAACCCAAGUUUUGCCAGUUUUAUUUACAUCAAAAUACUUAAGGAAUUGAAAUCAUUUGAUUUGGUGAAUAAAUAUGCACAUUUGGAUAGACACCAGUUACGUAACUUGAGGUACUUGGAGCUCAGGAUUAUCUGCUGUUCUAUGUUGAAUUCACUGGGAUACCAGUGAGGACUCAGCCCCUGACCAAGAAGAGUAAACAUCAGCACUAAGAAUUUCUGCUCCAGUGAUCACUGCCACAGAGGACACUUCUAGAUAAGUGAAGAAUUGGAACUGGCCUCUGAUGUCCUCACUGUACAGAGAACAGUGAUGAAAGAGAGAAACAGUGAGAUAACCCUUUCAGAAUAGCAAGCGCAAGGUACCAAAUGGUUUUUCUCAGUAAUGUAUUGUUCCAUUCGCUCAGGUUACGGUGAGUGACCCCAUGUGGAAGGGUCCACACCGAAUAGGAUUCAGUGCCGUCUGGAUAUCGUAAACGUCAGCAAUCAUAAGACACUAGGUUGUAGGGAACCUCUCACCUGUUUCAAAUACAUAAAAGUUGCUAUACUUGAGCAGUGAAAUGAUUGCUAGGGUAUUCAAUGCAAGUUGUGAUUGGCCAGCUCUCAAAGAAGGACUACCGCUGUAAAUGGUCCACAGCCCUCUUCAUGGAGUCAAUACUUAUACUCUGCGACUACUUGUAAUCACUUCUGCCCCUGGGUGGACAGGGAAUUGUAAAGAAUAGCUGAAAUCUGUAUCCAUUUCUAGUCUGGUGUUCUGGAGUGCAGCAGAAAGGAACUGUUGGUGCCUCCAUUAUCUCUUCCAAAUGGUUCCAAUGUGGUAGAUUCCUUUAUACAACCAGCAGUGUGGACUCCUGAAACUACUGCAAAAAUGUGCUGCAAAUGGGAGUUUUGUUGACUUGUUCUCAGUUUAGUUUUGAUAUUUAGAGACUGUUCUGUAAUUGAUGUUUGGAGUUUUAAGAUUUGCUCUCCCUUCUCUCAAAGUUCACAUUAUAAGGGUUUAUUAACUGAUGCUGUCCAAAUGGUUUUGGACCACAGAUGUAAUUGUGGGGUUGGAAUAUGAUUGGUGUGUUCACUCCUUAUCAAUUGUUACAGUGUAACCUAGAAAACCACAGGAUUUGAGAGGACCUUAACUACUGUUUCUAAGAUUUAGAUCAUAGACUCUUAACCCUGCUGUUUGGGUGAAGAGCCAUGCUUUAAUCCAACAAGUAAAUUUAUAUUGUUUUUCUUAUAAUCACUUCAAAUUUCCCCCACCAAUAUCUGACCUAUAACCAUUAGUAUUUAAGGCAAGAUUUCAAAGUUUGGUCACAAACAAAAUACCUUUUUCACUUUUUAACUCUACCCAUCAUUUUCAUGCAUAAAUUUCUCCUGAAAGGUAGUGGUAAUGAGAUCACUCGGGUAUGAUGUUCUCCUGAAGGAUUGUCUGCAGCUGGGUCCUCAGGUGACUGUAGAGGCCUAUCCAGAAUCCACAUUUUCCGAGAUAUUAGGUUGGCUUCUCUUAAUGAGUGUAAAUUGGGUUAACACGAGGAAGAUGAUAUAUGGGCAGCGAAGUCAGGGUCCUGUGGUAUGGAGUGCGAGAUGUCUGGAGAUCCUUCACUGCCAUUGUGAUAUGACAUCAUCCUCCGCCAACUCCACCGUUCAGGUCCUGGUUGCAUCUAUCUUUGUCUGGAAACUCCCCCUUGACCUUGGCUCCAUGGGUGACCCUACCAGGAGCUGAACUCCAGGUGGCAUCACUUUUUAGGAUCUCAGGAUUCACAAGCCUGUCCACCAUAACAAGGUGACAAUCCUCAGAGAAACAGGAUGAUUGUAUAUAAUGUAUGAACUCCAUUGAUUAAAGUUACAAUUCUGCCUUUGUCUUGCAGAGUUUAACAUGCACAUUGGAUUGGCAAAACGUAGAGUUCUGUUGCUAGAUAUUCUCUACAAAGUCCAAGUGGAGCAUGACUGAAAUCCUAGUUGACCAAGGCAUCCUAGGAUAGGAGUGCUGUUAUAAAAUAGCCAUAACUCCAUGUGUUUAUGUGGCCUGGAACUAGACUCUGCUCCUCGCCAUUAUCAGUAUUUAGUGAAAAGUCUGAGCCUUUCCAGUAUUCUAUGGUAUUGAUUUAAUGACCUGGCAAAAAAUUUAAAUAAUAAUGCAGAUUAGAGUAGAUUUAAAAAAAAUUGGGCAUGAAGGUUUUUUAAAAGAAUGGGGUAGGAUGUGGGGGAAGGGCAAAUUGGGGUGGGCUUUUCUUGAUGGAUGCAAGGAUUGAACGGCGUCUGGUUGGUACUGGCCCAGGCGGAGUACAAGGGGCACGGCAAGGACAGCAGUGUGGAUGAUGGAGAUUUUUAUCGAUGGCCCCCAGCUAAUGAGGAGAAAAUAUCACAGUGACUUUUGUUUACAAUUGUUUGGGUGUGUAGAGGGUGUUAUCAGCUUACACUCAGUUAAUUAUUCCAUCACUAACUAGUCUCAUAUCACUUGUCGCAGUACAUGAACGGACACUGAAGGACCUCCGAUUCAUAAUGAUGCCCACUGCAGUUUGGUGCCCUGUAGAGAGGAGAGUGGUUUAGGAUUUGGGGCAGGGUUCAAUGCUGAUAAGCUUAAUUCUUGAAAGAUUAUUUAGAUUUUCUGAAUGUUGCAGUUAGCAACGAUCUUUUUAUGUGAAUUUAUGCCCAGUUACAAUGUGGUUUUAUAUCUCUUUAAGAUUUUAUGAAAUGUUGUUCUAUCUAACUCGUUGUUGUAUGCUGCAAGAGCAAAAAUAUGACUGUUCAGUUUGAAUUUCACCUGCAUAAUUCUGGCAGAGAGAAUGGAAAUAGUGAAUGUUAUUAUUAGCUGAUUGAGGGAUCCUCAGUCUUCACUGCUGUAUUAUCCAAUGUUUUUUUUCCUAAAUAAAUUACUAUUUUGUGGUAUUUU